AUGGCUACAGUAAUAAAUUAUAAUAAGGAAGAAGAUAUUGAAAUAUUAGAAAUUAAUGAUGAUGAUAAUUCACAGAAUGAUGUUGAAUUACUUAAGGAAAAACAGAAGAAUACCAAUUCAACAAGUCCUAAUUCACAAAAUGUAACACCUGAAAAUUUAAGUGAUGGUAGUCAAGAUUCUGUUAAUGACAUUCGGGAAAAUUCUUGCAAUUCAAUGAAAAAUGAAUCAAGUCAUAAACAAUCUAUGCAGCAACAAAUUCAUGAUAAUGGUAUAACAUUUGAAACCAAUAAUCAUCGUGGAAAGAUGGAACUAUCAAACCUUCAGCCUGAUGGUAAUUUGUCAGGACAAACGACUGAAUCUUUAAAUGGUCUUAAAAAAAUCUCUACAGAAAAAAAAGAUUCAAAUCGGAAUAGUAAUAAUAAUGGACAAAAUAAUGGUGUAGUUAAUUCUUUAUCAAGUAAUUUACGGAAUAAUAUUUCCGGAACGGGAACUUUAAACGGACAACGUUCUAACAAUUUGACCUCAUCACAACAUCAAACAAUGCUUGCGACUCACUCAAUUUGUGAGCAAGAAGGGCAAGUUAAGAUGAUGAAAUUAGCUGGUCUAACGGUGCUUAUGCAUAGGAAAAAGGGCGAGAUAAUAUAUAGGCUAGCUGACAAUAUGUCGGUUAAUUCUUUAUCUGAUACACAAAGAGAAGCAUUACUGAAGGAAAUAAAAACUUUGCACGAUUCAAAUGCGAUUGUAACUCAAUCAAUGUCACAGUCCAUCCAGAAUCAAGAAACUUCCAUGACCUCAUCAGCGAACGAUACUUCAGCGAAUGUUUCAAAGUCACCGCCAUCCACAUCCUCACUUGUAGAUCGAUCAUCCAUAAUUGAAAAUGACAUUUGUCCACAGACUCCGAUAUCUUCAAUGAGAUCACGACCUUCAUUGGCACCCGCAUCACAGUCAAUACGACCUUCGUCUGUUCUUCAGGAACCAUGUUCAACGGUUGCUCGAACGAAACUUAAAACAGUUCCAAUAUCAACAUCAACAACAUCAAUAGCGGCAACCAAAUCAAUAAAUAAUACGACGACAUCAAAUUCGCAAGCAACAUCCAAGCAAUUGUACAUACCAUUAGCAGCACGUCCUCCCUUAGUUCCCGAAACGAAUUCAUUUGACCAAACAUUAGACCGAUCAAUUUCUCUUAAUAUGACUUCACAGACAUUAUAUCAUUCAUCUUCAUUGUUUACACCAGACGAUACAUUUUAUCCCGAUGGAUCUUCAAGGUCCACAAGGAGGUACACCAAAACAGGACGAUAUGCCAAAAAACGAAGUAUGGAUGAGACAGAUUCUCAGUUCACACAAGAAUAUUCAACACAAUACCAACACAUACCGACAAGUACAAUACCAAUGAGCACUCAGAUGAACAGUCAGACGAGUACACAUCCGUCCCAGUCCUCUCAACCUAUUCAACCCACCUAUUAUACUAGUACGACACCGACUACUCGUCCGAUAGUACAGUAUUAUUCUGCGACACCCCAAUCUCGUCCGUCCAUAUCACGUGGGGUAAAGAGACCAUUUCAGUCAACAGGAACUCAAAGAACAACAGAAGAAAUUAAUCAUCAUCUAGAUAUCGUACAAAGAUUUGAAGCGGCAACAAAAUCAGAUCAGAUCGCAGUAUUGCAACCUGAUUACAAGACUCCAUUCCGAUCUUUUCAAGAUGCGGUUGCAAGACUUUUACCGUAUCAUGUUUUUGAAUAUCCUGACGAAGACAUGAAAGGAAAUGAUCAAAUUUCAGAUUUAGAUGCUACCAAAAAUGCAUUAAGAUUUUACAAAAGACGAAAAAUAAUUUUCGAUAAGUAUACCGAUCUUUUGAAGAAAGAAGCAGAGCAAUUAUGCCCGACUACUUACACGAACCUUUGUGAGAAAUUGAUUGUUGAGGACGAAAAGACGGAAAAUAUGAUGUUGAAAGAAGAAUGUCGUCGAUUAAGUGAACAAAUAAGAUCAAGAUCACAACUAUUGAUACGUUCAAAGACAAAAAAAAGAUCUAUUCCAGGCUCAAAUUUUAGUUGUGACUUUUCAACCGACGUUUAUAGUUAUAGUGACCGUGAUAUUUCUGUUUCUACAAUGGCUCAAUUUAUGGGUUGGACGAGUAGUAUAGACGACGAUAAUACGGGGUUUGAUCAAGCUUUUGGUGGAUUCGGGGUUGGAAUGGGUAAUUUUGGGGAAAGGUUAAGUGUAAGCUUACCGAAAUAUAUUGAAGGAGCUGUUGAAGUAGGAAAGAUAAUAAACCAUACGGUAAUAGCCGUUUUAACUGGUAACAUUGCUUUUCUUGUUGAAGAUAUUGUUACUUAUGCCGGAGCUGCUAGGCAUUGUAAAGCUGAAUGUAAAAGGCUCGGUGAACAGUUCAAAAUAGCUCGUGACUCGGCAAAAGAUUUACUGGAUAAGUUGGCGGAGAAUCCAAAAGAGAUUGAAGAUAAAAGUUUUGCCACCGCUUUAAAAGCUUUCGCCAUUGUAUUAGAGGAUGGUAGGGCCGUGGUUAAACAACACGCGGAAGCGAAAUAUGGAUUAAAAAUUUUUUACGCAAAGAAAUUUGCAGCAGAAUUUCAAGAUAUAGAGGAAAGGUUAGAUCAAUCUUGUAAUAGGCUUAAUUUUGCGAUUAAUAUUCGACAUUUUGUUGAUUCUCAAGAAUUGGAGGAAACUCAUAGAAAUUGGCACGAAGAAGAUAAGAUUGCCUUUGCCCAAUUAAAUAAUAUGGUAAAAGAAUCCUUGGAAGAAAUUCGUGGUUAUAAACAAUAUAAAAACGCACCAUCACAACUAGUACUUUUAGGUUCUAGGAUAAAUUCCACCGAAUUAUCCGAUCUCGAACGAUAUAAAACUGAUAGGUUAUUUACUGCGAUUCAUCAUACCGUGGACGAAAAUCGAAAUCCAAAAGAUACUAAAGUUGUUAUUAAAGUAACGAUGGCAAAAGAAUCCGUUCCCGAACAAGUUUCACAAUUCGCUUUGGAAGUAGCUUAUUUACAAAAGUUAGCCCCGUCUCCAAAUAUUAUUGAUCUAAUUGGUAUCACCCCACUUCGAGGUAAUUUGGCCUUAGUCUUAGGUUAUUGCGAACAUGGAGAUUUGCAAAGUUUUAUCGCAUCCGGUCAUUUAAAAGGUGAUUGGGGAAAGAAACGAAGUAUAGCUUUGGGUAUGGUUCAAGGUAUUGCAUUCCUUCAUAGAGCUGGAAUUUUGCAUAAAUAUAUAAAUAGUGCAAAUGUCCUCCUGGAUGGUUAUUUCCGAGCUAAAAUAACGAACUUCAGAAAAUCACGUUGGAUUAAUAAAGUAAGUUUGGGAGUGAUUGAUUCCUUUGAAGAACAAAUUCGUUGGACAGCUCCGGAAAGGCUUGGUGACGAUGUGGCAACCUUUACAGAGGAAUGUGACAUAUAUUCAUUCGGAAUUGUGUUUUACGAAAUUGUAUCCGAAAAAUUCCCUUGGCAUGAAUUACAAUUGUAUGAAGUAUAUAAUGCAAGAAAAUGUGAAGCAAAGGAAUUGCAAUUACCACCAAAUAUACCAACUUCGAUUUCAAGCAUCUUUACCAAUUGUACAAGUAUAAUUCCAAAACGUAGAUUUAAAACGACAGAAAUAAUUGAUCAUCUUGAGGCAAUUAGACCUGAAGAUUUGGAAAAUGCGUCUAUAAAUUUACCUGGUGAUAACUUAACAGUUAAUUACUUGUCAACUAGUAACGGAAAUAAACAUCUAGGAAUUGAUGAACGUCUUACUAUUUCUGAUGUUUCCGAAGAAGAUGAUGGACGAGAAGAGAUAUUAGAAAGAGCAAAGAACUUUCAUAAAUAUGGUCAUUUUAUAGAAGCAAGAAGAGAAUUUGAAAAAAUAGAUGAUCAUCCUCACGCUUCGUUUAGAUUAGGGUAUUAUUACUUUUUUGGUAAGGGAGUUCAAGAAGAUAUUCCGAAAUCAAUUAAAUAUUAUGAAAAAGCGAUAGAAGGCGGGGAUGGGGAUGCGAUGGAUAUGUUUGGAUACCUGUGUUUAACGGGGAAAGGAAUUUCUAAAGAUAAAGUUAAAGCUGUGGAAUAUUUUCAGAAAGCAGUUGAUAAAGGAAUCCCUACUGGAAUGUACCAUUUAGGAUUUUGUUAUUUUAAAGGUUUGGGAGGGUUGAAAAAGGAUGUUGAAGAAUCUAAAAGGUUAAUGAGGAAAGCAGCGAAUAUGGGUAAUGAUGACGCUCUUAGGUUUAUUCAACAAAAAUGGGACACGCAAAAUGCUUAA